UGGACGUAAACCUUUUAAGGCUAAAAAUACUAUGUUCUUAUGUUACUCGUGUAAGGAAGCUUUUAAUACUCAUGUAUGGAGUACAAACGAGCACGGAGCAGCACUUAUUCACAAUCCCUUGUUUAACAAAGGCACAUCUUUUACUGCUUCGGAAAGAGAGCGGUUAGGCAUUCGCGGAUUAGUUCCUCCUGCGCACAUACCUAUUGAGAAACAAGAGCAAAGAAUUCUUCGUCAUCUUGAAAGUUGCCAGUCUGAUGUGGGUCGUUACGUGACACUUUCGAAUUUAAUGGACCGAAACGAAACUCUUUAUUACUAUGUAGUUUCUAAAAAUUUAAAUAAACUGGCUCCCAUCAUUUAUACACCCACUGUUGGGAAGGCGUGUCAAAAUUUUUCUUCUAUUUAUAGGAGAUCUCGAGGGAUGUACUUUACCCCCGAAGAUAAAAGUGAGAUGCACAGUAUGGUAUAUAACUGGCCUGUUGAAGAAGUUGACGUCAUUGUGGUCACUGACGGAUCUAGAAUUUUGGGUCUUGGUGAUUUGGGAUGUCAGGGGAUGGGAAUUCCUAUAGGAAAACUUGCUUUGUAUGUGGCAGUUGGAGGUGUCAAUCCAGCAAAAGUUCUUCCCAUCCAACUGGAUUUUGGCACCAAUAAUAAGACUCUCCUUGAUGACCCGCUCUAUAUUGGUAGGAAAACUCCUCGCGUGCCUCACGAGCUUUUUAUAGAAUUAAUGGACGAGUUCAUGAGUGCUGUAUAUGCGCGCUGGCCAAAAGUCUUGGUUCAAUUUGAAGAUUUCAGUUCUCGAAAUGCAUUUGCUUUACUCGAAAGAUAUAAAGAAAACCAUUUAGUGUUCAAUGAUGAUAUUCAGGGCACUGGCGCCGUUGCUCUUGCAGGGAUUAUGGGGUAUUUGCGAGUUCGGGGUCUUCCAAGGAGUGCUUUGAAAGACCAGAAAAUAGUGUGUCUUGGAGGAGGAAGUGCUGGGAUUGGCGUUAUGGAUGCCCUUAUGACUGGCAUGAUGAAAGAAGGUUUGAGUAAGGAAGCUGCAGCCGAAAAUAUAUACAUAUUGGAUUCAAAGGGGCUCAUUGGACGGCAUAGAGCGGGAGAGCAACAGCUUCCAUUCGCAAAACCUCAAGAGCUAGACGGCCUUCCUCUGUUAGAAACCAUCAAAGAAGUGAAACCCUCUAUUCUUCUCGGCUUGAGUGGAGCUGCUGGUGCGUUUACCGAAGAGAUUAUUCGAGAAAUGAUGAAGUAUUGCGACAGGCCUUUUAUCUGUCCCAUGUCGAACCCUACGGACAACGCCGAGUGCACCACUGAAGAUGCGUUCAAAUGGAGCGAUGGGAGGGCCCUUUUGGCUACGGGGUCUCCCUUUGACCCCGUGGAGUACAACGGGAAGACCUUGCACUCCUCACAAGCCAAUAACAUGUACGUUUUUCCGAGUCUCGGACUCAUGAGUGCUAUUGCCCGUCCAUCUAUUAUUCCGGACUCCAUGUUCUACGUUGUUGCAUGUUCAUUGGCCAGCUCUCUCACGGAUGGGGAUAUGAAGGAUGGAAAAGUCUAUCCUGGCCUCGACCACAUUCGUGAGGUCAGCAAGAAAAUUACCAUCGACACCUGCAUUCACGCAUGGGACACCGGCAUCGCCAGAAACAAGAGGCCACCCUCUUUGGAGUCUCUUAAGAAUCUGGUGGAUUCAAAAUAUUACGUUCCAGAAUACCAGCCAAUUGUACGCCUUGUUUAGCCCAUUACUUCUCUGUCAACUUUCUAAAGAAAAAGAAAACUGACUUUACCUGUUUAAUAAACUUUAUAAAAGGA